UUCUUUUCUAAUUAUGUUAAUUCUGAAAUGGGUUUCAUGAAAGUAGUCUUCAUCUUACUUGCUUCGGUUCUGCAACAAGUUAUCAGCACCACAACCACUAUUGGGAAUGAUAAUAGUGAAUUUCUUGUCCUUGACUAUUACAAAGAAACCUGUCCUCUUGCACAAGAGAUUGUUGCACUUAACGUUGAGCUCGCAGUGCUCGAAAAUCCUCGGAUGGCUGCCUCAUUGCUUCGCUUGCAGUUUCAUGAUUGUUUUGUUAUGGGUUGCGAUGCAUCAGUUCUCCUGGAUAGCGAUGGAGGGAUGCUAAGUGAAAAGGAAGCGGGGCCUAACUUGAACUCCUUGCAUGGAUUUGAAGUGAUUGAUAAGAUAAAGUAUCGUUUAGAAGAAGCUUGCCCACUUACUGUCUCUUGUGCUGAUAUUCUAGCCAUGGCCGCUCGUGAUGCUGUUGCCUCAAGGGGAGGUCCAAGAUGGGAAGUGUCGUUAGGCAGGAAGGACUCCUUGAGAGCUAGCUUUGAUGGGGCCAAUCAGUUUUUACCUUCUCCUAAUUCCUCUCUGAAGUCUCUCAUUGCCAAUUUUAAGGAGCAGGGGCUGGCCAUACCAGACUUGGUUGCUUUGUCAGGUAGCCACACAGUAGGAAAGGCAAGAUGCUUAAGCUUCAGGCAAAGAGCACAUGAAGUGAGGAACCCACAAGAAAAUUAUGACAAAUACAAGAGAUACAACACAUUUCGAAGAAUCCUACGCUCCAUAUGCCCUAAAUCAGGAAAAGACAAUCAAUUGGCACCACUUGAUUUCAAUACUCCAGCUAGAUUUGACAACCAUUAUUUCCUUAACAUUCUUGAGGGAAGAGGCUUGUUGGGGUCUGAUAAUGUGUUGAUCACACAAGAUAAAGAAGGAGAGAUCAUAAGGCAAGUAUGGGCUUAUGCUUCCAAUCAACACCUCUUCUUUGAAUCCUUUGUCAAUUCCAUGAUAAAGAUGGGGAAUAUAAAUGUUCUAACUGGAACUCAAGGAGAGAUAAGGAAGAAUUGCAGGUUUGUUAAUGAGUAGGAGAUUGCCAUUAAGCUACUAAUUUGGUAGUUGAAUAUUUACUUUGUAUUGCAGGAGAUUAGAAAUUAAAAUUCCAGUAUACUCAAAUGCCUUGAAUAUUUGAUUUUGUGUAUGGUGCUGAUGUUCCUAUUUAGGCUUUCAAGCGGCUGGUGAAUUAGACUCUUUUUGCAGAA